UGUAAAAAUAACAAUUGUUGGAAAUUGGAAUUUGUUGUUUGUUUAUGAACUCUUGCAAUAACAAAACAUCUAAAAAUGUCAAAAAAAGAUCCAAAUGAUCGAAACGAAAGGAAGCUAGAUUCCAGUGAUUAUGAACAUCUCCUAUCACAACAUAGUAUAUUCGAAUCGACGAGGCCUAAAAAUCAAGAGCUUCCAAGUUUUCCAGGAUUUUCUAAUGCCGAAACACAAACUAAACCUAGUGAUAUUAAGGGACAAACUUUACAAACUGGGCUUGGGGCUUGGCAGUAUAAUCCCUGGUGGAUGCUCGCGGGUACUUCGCGAAGUGUGGCUUCUCAAGAUGAUUUUUCCGAAGGCAGCGAACCUAAAGUGAAGGAAGAACCUGGCAGUGCAGCUUCUGCUGAUGAUGAUACUUUACCCAACGAACUCGAACCAUUUCAGUCUACAGUGACACCACCAGCAGGACUCGAUUCGUUUUGCGACGAUUGCUCCGACCCCUUUUGUGACUCGAGCGCAAAUAUAUGCCGUAAGUUAUUUCACUGUCCACAUUGCAGAAAAAGCUAUGCCUCGAUUUUAGAAUUCAACACUCACUUGACGGGCGUUCAUCCGGCUCAGAAGCCUUUCAGAUGUCAAAUUUGCAUGGAGCCUUUCCUCAAGAAGUCCUAUCUACGUAGACACUUAGAUGCGUCCCACACCCGAAAGGAUGUAAACAAAUGCUCUGUGUGCUCAAAAUACAUCAAAGACAAGAGUAAUCUACGUAAGCACAUGCAAGUGCACACAGGAAGACUACCUCAGAAACAGUUCAAAUGUGAUCUGUGCAACAACAAAAGAUACAUGUCCAUCGACAGAUUGAACAAUCACAAAGUUGUGUGUACAGGUGAAAAGACAUUGAAAUUCUGUGACAUGUGUGACAAGGUAUUUGAUAACUCCCGAUCACUAAACAGUCACAAAAAGGUGCAUGCACGGGAUUUAAAAUGUAAUGCAUGUGGAGAACAGCUGCGCUCACUGGAACAAUUUACCAACCACAAAAUGGUCUGUGUUAACAAUCAAGAGACAAGCACAUCAACAAGUAAUACAGCAGGGCCGGUAAGUCGCUGUUGCACUGAACCGGGUUUAUGUGAGCAUGAUAAGCCCGCCUACUUAAACAUCCCCAGCUACGCGGCAGGGAGAGCCCUCGAUGCUGCAUUAUCGCUUAAGUCAGAAAUGAACUGAUGGCUACCUUCAACUCUCUCGAUUAACUGUUGUACUGAUUUUAUUUUAAACAUUACCAAAAAUCCUCGAUAAUUAACAAUUAAUAAUUUACAACUGAGAAUUUCACAAGACUGAUGCCAAUAUCCCGCCUCACAACUUGCUUUAUUAUUACCAAUAGUUAGAGUAUAGUUAGUGAGUAAUACUGAUAGAGUAAGUUUAUUUAGAGAGUCUGUCCUUUGGGCCUAAUCAUUUGGUGUAUAUUUUUAUUGUAUGUGUUAGAACUCAAUGAUUGCGCCCAAAUUGUUACCCACCUUUUAUUUAAUGACUUAAUUAAAAACAAGUUUCCAUUACCUGCACUGAUUACCAUAGAAUCUAUGGAUACUACUGACAUGCAUCAACAUGAAACAAUAUCUUGACUGAUUUAAUAUUAACCUAAUAGUACGCAGUAUUACAUUUUUCUGAAGUUUGUAUAAAAGUUAUAAUUUUUUUAUAAUUUUUAGAAUAUAUUUUAGAGUACCCUAGUUUAUGUAGCAUUCUAGUUGGAGAUGGUACAAAGAGCAUAUUAUUAUUAUUUUUGAUGCUCAGUACUUUUUCCAAGGAAUAUAUAAAAGGUAAGGUCUAUAAUUGUAAGUUCAGGUUUUUUUUAAACAUUUUGUUUCAUUGACACUAGACAUAAGUUAAAGCUGCAAAGUGCAAUCAGAUUUGGCUAAGCCAUUGCAGGAUAUGUGGAUUUAUUUUCUUGAUUAUUAUAAUGAAAUAUAAUAUUUAUCCACGAGUGUUAUACACUUGCCGUAAUAUCCAUAGGAUAUUAUAAAAUAAUUCUAAUACACUUUAUUUUAUUGACAACU